AUGGUGACGCAGAUCCUGAGCACAGUGGAGGCCCAGGCUCCCAGCACCCCGGGGCCGUCAGGCUGUGGCCCUGUCCCCGUUCCUGUGGCUGUGCCAGUGGUGGCAGUGCCAGGGCCGGGGGUGGCAGCCGCGCUGCCCAAUGGGGCUCCCCCGGUCCCCACCGUGGCCGACGACAGCAAAACCAACCUGAUCGUCAACUACCUGCCCCAGAGCAUGAGCCAGGAGGAGCUGCGAAGCCUCUUUGGCAGCCUCGGGGACAUCGAGUCCUGCAAGCUUGUCCGCGACAAGGUCACCGGGCAGAGCCUGGGCUACGGAUUCGUCAACUACGUUGAGGCAGGUGACGCUGACAAGGCCAUCAGCACCCUCAACGGCCUCAAGCUGCAGACCAAGACCAUCAAGGUGUCCUAUGCCCGGCCCAGCUCAGCCUCCAUCCGUGAUGCCAACCUCUACGUGAGUGGCCUCCCCAAGGCCAUGGGGCAGAAGGAGAUGGAGCAGCUCUUCUCCCAGUACGGCCGCAUCAUCACCUCCCGCAUCCUUGUUGACCAGGUCACAGGUGUCUCGCGGGGGGUGGGCUUCAUCCGCUUUGACAAGCGUGUGGAGGCAGAGGAGGCCGUCCGGGGGCUGCAUGGGCAGAAACCGCUGGGAGCCACUGAGCCCAUCACCGUCAAGUUCGCCAACAGCCCGGGCCAGAAGUCAGGGGGGGCCCUGCUCAGCCUCUGCCCCAGCGCCCGCCGCUAUGGCACCCUGCACCACCCCCCUCAGCGCUUCCGGCUUGACAAUUUGCUGAAUGUGGCGUACGGAGUGAAGAGGUUCUCCCCGCUGGCCAUCGAGGCAGUGCCAGGGCUGUCUGGGAUGGGCCUGGGGGCCCCUGGCCCUGGCUGGUGCAUCUUCGUCUACAACCUGGCGCCCGAGGCAGAUGAGAGCGUCCUCUGGCAGCUCUUUGGGCCCUUUGGUGCUGUCACCAAUGUCAAGGUCAUCCGUGACUUUGCCACCAACAAGUGCAAGGGCUUCGGCUUUGUUACCAUGACCAACUACGAGGAGGCAGCCAUGGCCAUUGCCAGCCUCAAUGGCUACCGCCUGGGCGACCGCGUGCUUCAGGUCUCCUUCAAGACCAGCAAACAGCACAAGGCCUGAGCCCCACCCCCACUGGCCCUCUGGCCCCUGGGACCGGGUCUCCUGGCACCACCAGGCCACAGGGACCCCCAUGAGUACCAAGGAUACCCUGGAGACCAUGGAGAACACCCCUGGACAGCAGGAGACCUUGGGAACCCCCUCCAUGGGCAACAAGGACACCAUGGGGACACCCCAAGGAUACUCUGGAGACUGUGGGGCCACCCUCCAGGCACCAAGGACACUGUGGGGACCUUCCCACCCUGGAGACCAUGUGGAACGCCCCUGGACAACCGGAGACCUUGAGGACCCCCUCCAUGGGCACCAAGGACACCAUGGGGACAUCUGAAGGACAGCCUGGCUACCAUGGACACCCCCACAUCUCCUCUAGGCACCAUGGACACCCUGAGGAUUCCCCCAGGUGCUCCAGAGCUCUUGGGCACCGUGGGGGCAUGGAGAUCCUGGGGGUACCCCUGAAGAGCUUCCCGCCCCACCACUGGAAAGACUGGUGAACCCUCAGGACACUGAGGACAGUGGAAUUCCUGGGGACAGACACAGCCCCCCCCCCCGACACCUCAGUAACCCUGGGAAUCAUGAAGGAGUCUGGAUAUGGGGGUGUGGCGGGGUGUGUGUGUGUGUAUGUGUGUGUAUGUCACCUCCAAAAUACCCAGGAAUGCCACACACCCCCCAAAGACUCUGGGGACCCCCCUCCCCCAGCACCCAGAGAUGUUGGGGGCUGGUGCCCCCCCCACCCCCCGGGCACUGUGG